AUGGUUGAGGGUGGCAUGAAAUGCGUGAAGUACCUGCUGUUUGUAUUUAACUUGAUUUUUGUGAUUGCUGGAAUUGGCUUGAUUGCAGCAGGAGCUUAUGUUAAAGUCAAGCUUGAAGAAUAUCAUGACUUCUUUGGAAGUGAUUUCAUGGGACCUGGAAUACUUUUAAUAAUAGUUGGUGUGAUAAUUUUCCUGCUGGCUUUCUUUGGAUGUUGUGGAGCCAUCAAAGAAAAUUAUUGCCUCACUCUGACAUUUGCAGUGUUCUUGGGCAUCGUAUUCAUCUUGGAGAUUGCUGGAGGCAUUGCUGGCUAUGUUCUUAGGAACGAAAUUGAAAACACAGUUGAUAGCAAACUGAAUGCAACUCUGAGCCGCUUUAAUAGCUCUGAAGGUAUCAAGAGAACUUGGGAUAGACUGCAGCACGAGUUCAAGUGCUGCGGUGUUACAAACAGUACUAACUGGAGAGAGAACUAUGUUGAAACACCACAAUCCUGCUGUAUUAAAGAGCCGUGUAAUACAAAUGUAACUAGUGAUAUUUAUACUGAGGGUUGCGCUACUAAAUUUGAAGACUGGCUCCAGGACCAAGUGGCUAUCAUAGGAGGUGUCGGCAUAGGCUUUGCAUUUGUCCAGAUUAUUGGCAUUUUGUUUGCCUGCUGCCUAGCUCGAGCAAUCAGGAAGGAAUAUGAAGUGGUGUAA